UUGGUUCUUGUCGUUGAACCUUGUUUUAAUAAUUAAGAGUGCAAUUUUUGACUUAGAUUGUGAUGUCAUUUGGCCGCACAAACCCGGCCUCCCCCUUUUGUGAAGUUGCUUCCUCUUUGGAUUAUAUGAUGGACAAAAUUGGUGGUGACAGGACCAGCCAACUGUAUGGAGGAUUGCUUACUUUUUUAAGGAAAUGCUUGUUUAAGGUUAUGUCUGUUGGUCCAAUUCCGAAUCACAUUGCCUUCAUCAUGGAUGGCAACCGAAGGUACGCCAAGAAACAAAACUCCGGUGAAGGAGCUGGACACAGAGCUGGAUACUCCUCUCUCAUGUCCUUGCUUAGGUACUGCUACGAGUUGGGGGUGAAGUAUGUGACGGUAUACGCCUUCAGCAUCGACAAUUUCAGGAGGCGGCCUGAAGAGGUUAAAUACGUGAUGGAUCUGAUGAUAGAAAAGAUUGAGGAGUUGCUUAAAGAAGAAAGCAUUGUAGGCCAAUAUGGGAUUAGAGUAUAUUUUAUUGGUAACUUGAAACUUUUGAGCGAGCCUGUUAGGUUUGCCGCUGAGAAGGCCAUGAAAGCUACUGCCAAGAACAACAAAGCUAUUCUUCUAGUUUGUGUGGCCUAUACUUCGUGUGAUGAAAUCAUGCAUGCUGUUCAAGAAUCCUGCAAGCUUAAAAGAAAAGAAAUCCAAAUGCUUCUUGAAAGUCAGGUUAGAGGCGGUUCCACUGUAGGAUUUCGACAGCAGAAGAAGAUUAGUGAUUUGGUUGUUCAUGAUAUUCAAGAAUCCUAUGAAGACGGGCUACAUGGAUCUGAAGCCAGGCAUCUUCUAGAAGGGUCCUAUGAAGAUAACUCGGAUGAUAUUGCUAGAACUUGCGAUUGUUUGAUUGAAGAAGUUGAGGUGUGUGAGAAGGAAAUGAAGGCUUCCUCCAUAGAGUUGGUAGAUGUAGAAAAGCAUAUGUACAUGGCAGUAGCACCCGAUCCAGACAUCCUGAUCCGAAGUUCCGGUGAAACCCGCCUCAGCAAUUUCCUUCUUUGGCAGACUACCAAUUGUUUAUUGUACUCUCCUGCUGCUUUGUGGCCAGAGUUGGGUAUGUGGCACUUGGUGUGGGCAGUUCUGAACUUCCAGCAAAGCUACCAGUAUUUGGAGAAGAAAAGGAAAACGAUGUGAGAGAAAUAAAUCUCUUGUACAUAGCUGAUGGCUACUACACGCAACAUAUAGAGAAUAGGAAUUGCUAUAGGACCUGUUUAGUAAAGAGAUUCAAAUACAAGUUCAAGCUGUUCUGCUACAGUGUUUUUUGUCACAAAAUUUAAUUUUGAUUCAAACCAUUUGAU